AUGUCGGAGAUCGAGAACAAAAUGAAGCGGCUGAAGAACCGUCUGAUAAAGAUACACGGGAAGAUCCAGGACACAGUCGAGGACUUCCAGGAUCAGGUGCAGAACAAAAUAGAGAGGUCGAAACUCGCCAGUAUCGUUUCGAACCUAUCCGAAGAGAGGAGUUCCUUCGAUGACAAUUCUACUGACGGAGACAAAGUGUCUACGGACUCCGUGGAGAGUAAAAAAGGGAAAAGCGAGAAAUCUACCAGUAUCCCGUUUGUGGUUAUUAAUGAAUCAGAAACUGUUAUCGACGCAGACCAAAAGGAGGUUUGCAGGGACUUUUUGAGAGUCGAGAGCCACGGCGCGAUUUACAGAAGCAGGUCCGAUUCAGACCUCACCUUUGAGAACGGUUCUUCUAACUUUGACAGCUCCAGCGAGUCCUGUCUCUCUUGCUUGUCUUCUAGUGACGAGAGAAACUUAGACAUAAGACCGAGGGCUGGCAGUCUUCCGCCGGGCCAGAAACUCGACGUACCCUCAGCCGUGAACGCGUGCAGUGAGAUAAUAGAGAAGAUAGGGAACAGAUUCCCACGGCUCAAGAGUAAGGGUGAACGGAUACAUAGGUACCUCUUGAAGAACACGAGAUUGAGCGACGUGAACAAAAGGCUGAAGGCGCAAAUCUGGAGUUCCGUGGUGACGAUAGUUCUCGUUGAGGCCAAGAAUCUUCCAGCAAUGGACGUGGACACUAGAUCCAGCGAUCCGUAUUGCAAAUUUAGGCUAGGCAAUGAAAAAUAUAAGAGUAAAGUGGUGUGGAAAUCGCUACACCCAUCUUGGCUGGAGCAGUUCGAUUUGCAUCUGUACGACGAUCAGGAACAAAUAUUGGAGGUCACGGUCUGGGACAAGGACAAGCAAACGAAAGACGACUUUUUGGGGAGGUGCACGAUAGAUCUGUCAUCGUUGGAACGCGAGAAAACGCACAGCAUCUGGCAAGAGUUGGAGGAAGGUAACGGGCAGAUAUUCUUGUUGCUGACCAUCAGCGGAACCACGCAAUCCGAGACCAUUACUGACUUGACCAGUUACAGAGAGAACCCUAGAGAUCUAGAAAUAAUAGAACGAAGAUAUGCGUGGUAUAGACUCAAUGAACACUCGAGCGGUGUGGGUUGGCUAUGUGUCAAAGUGUAUGGUGCUAAAGGUCUGGCGGCGGCAGACUUGGGUGGGAAAUCCGAUCCGUUCUGCGUUCUAGAGCUUGGGAAUGCGAGGCUUCAAACGCACACGGAAUACAAGACGCUGACGCCCAACUGGAUGAAGAUAUUCACAUUCACAGUCAAAGACAUCACUUCUGUAUUAGAGGUGACAGUAUAUGAUGAAGAUCACGAUCACAAAGUAGAGUUCCUAGGCAAGCUUGCUGUACCCCUAUUAAAUAUACGGAACGGAGAAAAGAGAUGGUUCGCCUUGAAAGAUAAAAAGAUGAGAGCAAGAGCAAAAGGGAAUUAUCCUCAGAUACUGUUGGAAAUGAUGGUGAUAUGGAAUCCGCUGAAGGCAGCCAUAAGAGUGAUCAAUCCGAAGGAGCCAAAGUACAUGCAUCAAGAGUCGAAGUUCAAGAGACAGCUGUUUAUUCGCAACGUAAUGAGACUGAAAGCGAUUAUAAUGUGGUUCAUUGAGGUCGGCAAAAUACUGCAAGACUGCUUCGAAUGGGAAUCUAGGCUGCUGUCUUUCAUCGGCCUCUUGGCGUGGCUGGCGUUUUGCUAUUACUAUCAGAUGUGGAUGUUGCCGUUUCUACUCCUGGUGUUUUUCUCUAGAAAUUGGCUCAUCUAUAGGCUAACGGGAGGUAACCCGUUAUUGACACCUGUUGAUGAUGAUGAUCUACUAGCCGAGGAAGAUGACGAGGAAGAGAUGGAUAAGGAAGAGAAGAAAUCGCUAAAAGAGAGAUUGCAAGCAAUACAAGAAGUCACUCAGACAGUGCAAAAUGCGAUUGGCUACGUGGCUUCCGUUGGUGAAGCAGUUAAAAAUUUGAUGAAUUUUACGGUGCCAUACUUAAGUUAUUUAGCAAUAUUGAUGCUGUUCGGGGCGAUGUUAGUUUUAUAUGUGAUACCUUUGCGAUAUCUAUUAAUGGCUUGGGGUGUUAAUAAAUUCACAAGAAAAAUACUACGACCUCACACGAUACCCAAUAACGAAGUGUUAGACUUACUGUCCCGAGUACCAGAUGACGAGAUAUUGCUGGACUGCAGAGAACUAAAACCACACCCUCCGAACGAGGCCCGGAGAGACGCAAGGAAAAAGCACAAAGGUCAAUGGAGAGAGAACAAAAUUAAAAAG